AUGAAGCCUUCCUUCGGUCUUGGCACGUUACUGCUGGACCUACUGCUAGGCACGGCGCUAGCAUCCCAGAAGGUCAUGUCUGGAGGUCGACGGGAUCCGCUGGAUGCAGACUUUGAGAAACUCGCUGUCAAGACUCUGGAGCAAUGGCAUGUCCCUGGACUCGCAAUUGCUGUCGUUGAUGGAGAUGAUACGUGGGCUGCUGGCUAUGGAAACGCCAGCAUUGGUUCGACCCCGGUGACACCAAGCACCCUGUUCUACAGCGGCAGCACCACCAAGGCCUUCACGGCAGCCGUGCUCUCGCUGCUUGUCGACUCGGACGCGCACCCGGGCGUGACCUGGCGGACGCCCAUCUCGCAGCUCAUCCGGGACGACUUCGUGCUCCAGCCCGAGUAUGCCUGGGCGCAGGAGCACCUCACCAUCGAGGACGCGCUGACGCACCGGACCGGGUUCCCGCGGCACGACAAGUCGCUACCGGCACGCAGCGGGCCCGAUGCCCAUGUGACGGCGGUGCGCGACAUCACGCGCAGCCUGCGCGACUUGCCCAUGGUGCUGGAGCCGCGCACCCGCUGGAAGUACUGCAACCUGAUGUUCAUGGUCCUGUCGCACGCGAUCCAGACGCUGACGCGGCGCUGGCUCGGCGACGUCAUGCGCGAGUGGAUCUGGGAGCCCCUCGGCAUGCGCAGCACGUACUUCUCGCUCGACGCCGCGCUGGAGGCGCCCGAGGACCUGGCCAGGGGCUACUACUGGGAGUACAAGGACCAAGAGGGCGGCUACAAGGAGGUGCCGUGGCUGAAGCUGCAGGAGGCGAGCGGCGCCGGGGCCGUGGUGAGCAAUGUGCUCGACUAUGCCAAGUGGAUACGCUGUCUGGUGAACGAGGCAGCGCCUCUGAGCAAGGAGGGACACAAGGCCAUCAGGACGCCGAGGAUGGUGCCCUCUGCGGAAGGCAAGGGGCUCGACGGGCCCUCGAGCUACGCCCUCGGCUGGCAUACGAACACUUAUAAGGGACACAGGAUGUACACGCACAGCGGCGGGAUGGAGGCAUACGGCGCGGACGUGUUCUUCUUCCCCGACCUCAAGUACGGCAUCGUGGCCAUGGGCAACACGGCUAUCACGAGCAACUUCGCGGGCAGGCUACUGACCUGGAAGCUGAUCAACGACAGACUGGCCAUCCCGGAGAGCGAGAGAUACGACUGGUCGUCUCAAUUCGAAAAAGCACUCAACAGCAGCCUAGAACAGUUCGACAAGGCGAUAGACAAGCUCUAUCCAGGCCGAGCGAACCCCGCCUUGCCCCGGGGCUUGGAACUGAAAGAGUAUACGGGGACUUACUCCCAUCCGGCCUACCACGAUCUCACCAUCGACCUCGGCGAUGAUCCGGGUCGUCUGAGGGCGGUGCGUGUUGAUUUUGUGUGGCCAAUGACGUUCGAUUUUGUACAUGUGUCUGGGGAGUACUGGGUUAUCCACAUCGAUAUGAAGAACUCGCCCAAUGCGUUGAACGGGCAAUCGGCCAGAGCCGAGUUCAAGAUUGGACCCAACGGGAAGUGUGACCAGGUCCUCAUUGAAUUCCUCGAGGAUGGCAGCGAAGGAGUCAUUCCAUUUACAAGAGCCACAAAGACAACGUAG